AUGCUGCCCUCGACCAAGCGGAAUUUGGUGCUAGGAGUCUUCCUAGUGAUUGUCACCCUCGUAGUACUGUACUCAUACUGUAAUGGCAGCUCUGUUUGCUACACGUUUCCUUUCUUCAGUGGACUGGAACGGGACAGGCUAAUUAAACCGGAAGUAGUGGUAACUUCCGUUAUUGUACAGACCAAGAGGCCAUUUGAUCUAGGAAGAUUUUCUGAAAAGUCAAAAGGUAUGAAGUUGUUUAUGUGUAGAAAGCACCCUGUGGUCACAGCAACCUUUCUUCUACCCUUUGGAUCUUAAUCCACAGUAAAAUGGGUGAUAAUACGUGAAAUUUGUUUUGCAACUGCUGUAAAACGAAUUGAGAACUGUGAUCUUGCUCUUUUUACCACCAGACCCUCGUUCAAACCUAUCUUGCAACAAUUCAGGUGGUUGAAGUUGCUGGAAUACUAACUUCUGAUUUGAUAAAAUUACGCGGUAGUCACUCCAUACACGGGAUUUACGUCACUUGCUAGGGCCAGUAAAACAUGUACAGAUUUUGUUGAAAAAAGGAGAACUACUUUCCUACUUCCUGCAACAACUUGAUUUGUAUCAGGACAGGUGUGAUUCGUGUGUGGUAAAACGCACAACAUCGCUAUUCCACUCGUUUUUCAACAGUUGUAAUAUUUGCACUUUCUGUCAAACCGAUUUACCUUACCUUUAGCUGAGAGGAGGCAAUGUUGUAGUAAUUUUUAUAUCUCAGAUAAAUCUUCACCAUUCUAUAAAUGUGUCCAAUUCUAAGAUAUAUUUUAUUUCAUUCACAUAUUUAUUUUAUUUUUAUUCAUUAUUAUUGUUGUUAUUGCGCUUUUUGUUAAGAUGAACUAGAUAGAGUUAACCUCACUAUCUCCUUUUCACUUGAAAAUAAACGGUUAUUGAGAUUGUUAUUGUCGGCUCUAUUGAAUUGUGGGAGGGGGAGGAGCGUUCGUAGACGCUGUCAAAAGUAAAGCAGUUCAGUCUGUCUUUUAAGAUAUUCUUGCUAACAGAAGCGCAUCACCAAAACUUUCGCAGGUAAACAUGGCGAGUCCAAAGUAAAACAAAGUGAGCAGUUCAUAGAGGAAUUUCAUAUCAACGACGAUAAAAAGACGAAGAACUUGACAGAGGAAGCGGAGAAGCUUCAUUUCGAUCACAACAAAACCUUUGUUAUUCAAGAGGAAAGAAAAAAUAACAAAACACAGGAAAAGACAACUUCUGAACGCCAAAAACACCUCCUUCCACCUUCAGACAUUGUGGGAAAGGUAGCGGAAGAAAUUCUACGGAAGGCAAACGUUUCAGAAGAGGAAGCCAAUAGAGAACUUAUUCGAGUGGAGAAAGUCGACGAAAUUGUUGACAAUAAAAGGCAUAGACAAGAGAAUGCUUUGCUAAGAAAAGUGAAGGAGUCGAGGAGGGCGGGCGGGAAUAAAGCGGAGAAAAAACUAGUGCGAGUUGAAAGAGUUGACUUAACUGAUGAAGAAGAAGAGGAAUAUAAAUAUCAAUCAGAAAAAGGAGUUACAGAAUCUUAUAAUACAUCUGUUGAUAGUGCCGCUACAAGAUCGAGAAGAAAAGAAUUCAUUACAGAACCAAAAUACGAGAAUUUGGAAUUGGCUCAUGCAAGAAGAUUAGGGAUUUUAAAUGCAACAAGCAAUAUUCCAAGUUUGCAGAGUGAGAAAAACAAAACUCGCAAUUUUUCAACUAACACCGCAGCAAAUAAUGAGCCUCUUAGCACGCCUCCGCCAUUCUUUGCGAAUUUCUUGAAUAUAAGCGCAAGAGAAAGAGAAAUGUUUGUUCUCCUUCAUAACUUCACGAAGGAGAGUAAGCCGCUUGAGCCUCUUGAUGGACGAGAGAAUAAAAUUGUUCUUCAUGAAAAUGGGGCCGAAAAAGAAAACCUCACAGUGAUAGGAGACAUGAGGACAUCAUCUGCGCAUGUGCAGAACGUUGAUGUUCGCGAGAAAAGGAAUCUUGGGGAAGCCAGUCUACUUGAUACUCUAGUGGCAAGGCUGCUCAAUAUUUCAAGUGAAAGGCAAACCAUUCCAAGAGAACAAAACACGUCUGAAAUACCUGACGAAUCAUUAAAUUUAACUGCAAUUCUGGCCAAAAUAACUGGUAAAGGUCUUGAGACCAAUUACAGAGACACACCGGUUUCAGAUAACACUGCGCUCUUGGUCAAAUUUCUAAAGGAGGGCAGUCGUUAUCGACUACGCAUGCCCCAUAAUGUCACUGCUGGGAAGUUAGACGAUGACAGCAGUCAAAUUGCUACUAAGCUACAAAGCGAUAAAAAAGAGUCGAAAGAGUCUUCUUUUGAUCUGAAAAACGUUCUUUUAGAUUUAACAAAGAAAAUAAACUUGAACUUUCGUAGUAAUCUCUCUAAAAUGACAAAGGACAAAGACCAUAAAGCUGAUCUUGAGAUGUUAAAACUACUGUUACACCGAAGUGACUCGCAAGAUCUUGGCACUUUCAACUUGAGCAAAGUGUUAAAAGAAAUAGCGAGCAAUUCCCUCAAGAACAUCUUAGCUGCUCUGCAACCAAUUAAAGUCAAGCGUGACAAA